AGGUGCCUCUGUCAUUCUACUGCGGACGCUCUGGCUUUUUCCUGCCUGCGCCUCUCUCAACGUCUCCUUCGAGCCAGAUUCUCUUCGCUUUGCGACCCCAGCGUCUCCCGCCGCCGCAGAGGCCUCCAGACCCAGCAGGAGACGCCGACCGGGUGCACCAGCCCGGCUGGCCCAGACGCCCCGGACGGCCGCACCCUCCCUGCCUCCUUCGGAUCUGUUGAAAAACGUUCAAGAUCAUAAAAUUUAGAUGACCAAAAUGGAUAUCCGAGGUGCGGUGGAUGCUGCUGUUCCAACCAACAUCAUUGCUGCCAAGGCUGCAGAGGUUCGUGCUAACAAAGUGAACUGGCAGUCCUAUCUUCAGGGGCAGAUGAUUUCUGCUGAAGAUUGUGAAUUUAUUCAAAGGUUUGAAAUGAAAAGAAGUCCUGAAGAGAAGCAAGAGAUGCUUCAAACUGAAGGCAGCCAGUGUGCUAAAACAUUUAUAAAUCUGAUGACUCAUAUCUCCAAAGAACAAACCGUUCAGUACAUACUAACUAUGGUUGAUGAUAUGUUGCAGGAAAAUCACCAGCGUGUUAGCAUUUUCUUUGACUACGCCAAACGUUGCAAAAACACAGCCUGGCCCUACUUUCUGCCAAUGUUGAAUCGUCAGGAUCCCUUUACUGUUCAUAUGGCAGCAAGAAUUAUUGCCAAGUUAGCAGCUUGGGGAAAAGAAUUGAUGGAAGGCAGCGACUUAAGUUAUUACUUCAAUUGGAUAAAAACUCAGCUGAGUUCACAGAAACUGCGUGGUAGCGGUGUUGCUGUUGAAACAGGAACAGUCUCUUCAAGUGAUAGUUCUCAGUACGUGCAGUGUGUUGCUGGAUGUCUGCAGCUGAUGCUCCGGGUCAAUGAGUACCGCUUUGCCUGGGUAGAAGCAGAUGGGGUAAACUGCAUAAUGGGAGUUUUGAGUAACAAGUGUGGCUUUCAACUCCAAUAUCAAAUGAUUUUUUCAAUAUGGCUCCUGGCAUUCAGUCCUCAAAUGUGUGAACACCUGCGGCGCUAUAAUAUCAUUCCUGUUCUGUCCGAUAUCCUUCAAGAAUCAGUCAAAGAGAAAGUAACUAGAAUAAUUCUUGCAGCAUUCCGUAACUUUUUAGAAAAAUCAACUGAAAGAGAAACUCGCCAAGAAUAUGCUCUGGCUAUGAUUCAGUGCAAAGUUUUGAAACAGUUGGAGAACUUGGAACAGCAGAAGUACGAUGAUGAAGAUAUCAGCGAAGAUAUCAAAUUUCUUUUGGAAAAACUUGGUGAGAGUGUCCAAGACCUUAGCUCAUUUGAUGAAUACAGUUCAGAACUUAAAUCUGGAAGGUUGGAAUGGAGUCCUGUGCACAAAUCUGAGAAAUUUUGGAGAGAGAAUGCUGUGAGGUUAAAUGAGAAGAAUUAUGAGCUCUUGAAAAUCUUGACAAAACUUCUGGAGGUGUCAGAUGAUCCACAAGUCCUAGCUGUUGCUGCUCAUGAUGUUGGAGAAUAUGUCCGGCAUUAUCCACGAGGCAAGCGAGUUAUCGAGCAGCUCGGUGGGAAGCAGCUGGUGAUGAACCACAUGCACCAUGAAGACCAGCAGGUCCGCUACAACGCUCUGCUGGCCGUGCAGAAGCUCAUGGUGCACAACUGGGAAUACCUUGGUAAACAGCUCCAGUCCGAGCAGCCCCAGACUGCUGCUGCCCGCAGCUGAACUGUGCUCACCGCCCUUUACCUGGGAUGGGGCACUGGGAGUGGGAACUUCAGUAUUUAGGUCGAGUCAAUAAUUUUUUAUUUUACUUGUAAUUUUCUUCUGUUGUGUAGCUUUCCAUUGUUAAUUUUUGAAAAAAGUGUUUGCCUGUUAAAUUGUAUAAAAGUAGAUGCUUUCUGUAUCUAAGGAAAAUAUUACUGUUACAUUUACUGCUUGCAGUUUCUGUAUUUAUUGUUCUCUGGAAAUGAA